UUCCGUCAGAGAGCAGCUGCUUCCCUGCGGGAACUUCCGGGAUCGUCUCCCACACAGCGGAUGAGACGCUCCCGAACGGGGCCAAUAUAUCAGAUUAAUGCAUAUGAUAAAACAUCUGUCCAGAAACUAAUUUGUGGUUUGUUUUGAAAAGGGAUGUGACCCAGAGGCAAAACAGCGUGUGACUUCAUGGAGCAGGUGGAGGUGAUAAUGCUGUAAAACAGAAGCACUUUCAAGGCAGGAUGUCCUCAGGCCACAGGCUGAGAGAUGUGGAGCAGCAGCGCCCCCUGCUGGACGGGGAGGAGGUGGUGGAGAGGAGUUCUCGCAGCGAGGCUAAGCGACUCUGGUUCAUCCAGGACUGCUGUGGCAUGGUGUGUGCCUUCAUCACCUGGUUCCUGGUCUUCUUCGCUGACUUUGUGGUCACCUUCGUCAUGCUGCUGCCCUCCAGGAGCUUCUGGUACGCGGUGGUCAACGGGGUGGUCUUCAACAGCCUGGCUGUGCUGGCGCUGGCCUCCCACCUCCGCACCAUGCUGACCGACCCGGGAGCCGUUCCUAAAGGAAACGCCACUAAAAAGUACAUGGACAGUCUGCAGCUGAAGCCGGGCGAGGUCAUCUACAAAUGUCCAAAAUGCUGCAGCAUCAAACCGGAGAGGGCUCAUCACUGCAGUAUCUGUAAGCGCUGCAUCCGCAAGAUGGACCACCACUGUCCCUGGGUCAACAACUGUGUCGGGGAGAAAAACCAGCGCUUCUUCGUCCUCUUCACUAUGUUAAAACACCGACAGAGUGAAGAGGUCUGGUACGUUUUCUUCUGUCCACAGAUGUACAUCGCUAUGAUCUCCAGUCACGCUCUGGCUCUCAGCGGAUACCAGUUCAUCACCUGCAUCAGAGUCCAGUGGAGAGAGUGCAGUGAUUUCUCCCCUCCGGUGACGAUGAUGCUCAUGAUCUUCCUCUGCAUGGAGGCCCUCCUCUUCCUCACCUUCACAGCUAUUAUGUUCAGCACUCAGCUCCACUCCAUCUGCAACGAUGAGACGGAGAUCGAGCGUCUGAAGAACGAGAAGCCGACGUGGGAGCGUCAGACUCGCUGGGCGGGGCUGAGGUCGGUGUUUGGAGGUCAGCCGUCGCUGCUGUGGAUCAGCCCCUUCGCUGGACUCAAACUGCCGACCCUCCUCCCCAGGCGCACCUGGAAGGGCGGGGCGGAGUUCUCCGUCUGACCGGCUGUCGCUCAAACGCUGCCCGGUGGAGUGAAUCAAAUCAAAGCACAGCGGCGUCUCAUGGUGGUGAAGAACCUGCAGAGGCGGUUUCUGAGCCAGAGAAACCAGGCUCAGACUCUGCUGCAGUGCCCCGAAGCAAGAUGCCUGGUCUCCAUCUCUAACGCUUCACCUGUUACCUUCCUGUUGGGUGGAGGCGCAUCAUCUCUACUGGGACUAACUACAGGUCUAACCCAAUCAGAAAGGCUGGAAGAUGAUGCCGCUGGACGUGUGGAGUUUCUUCCACGUGAAUCAGUCAGACUCAGACGUGGGAGUCUGAAUGCUUUUUUUAAAAAAUGUGCUCAUUAAGAUGCUGGAUCUUCUUAGAACACUAACUGACCACAGAAGUUAUUAUUUGACCAAUAAUCAUAGAAUUUGUUCUCUCAGAUGUUUGGGAACCACUGCUGUAACUAAUGUUUUUUGUGUAUGUGGAGGUUGAUCUGCACUGUGUGCGUCAACAUAAAGCUGUAAAGUCUCAACGAAAUGAAAUAUUAUACAAGUAUUAUAAUGAUUUCUUCCUUUCUGGUGAUUUUAAAUGACAUAGUCUGUUUUAAGUUGUCCUGUGGAUUUUUCUAGUAAACAAACAAAAUGUUUACAUUCAGUGUUUCUCACCAAAGUGCAUUGUGUCUAUCCUCAAAGUGUUGAAUGCAUUUCCUUCCUCGUAAAACGUUUGCAAAGCGGAUUACUGUAAGUAUUUUAAAUCCUGUAUUGUUUGGAUCCAUGUUUGUUAGCGUGCAGUCUUCUUCUUCUCUGCCUUUUGUUGGCACAUUGCUGUGUUUCUUGGCGCAUCACCGCCACCUGUAGGUCAGUGGAAUACCGUGACGCCAUUUGCAGGAACGUGGAUCGCGUCACAGCCGAGCGUGGAAAAACUCCACAGGGAAACUUUUUAAGAAAUCAUGUUAUGAAAUUAAAAGCAUGCUUAAAAAAAAAAAAAAAAAUCAAAACACAGUUCGUUUUCCUUCCUUACAAGAAAUAUAAUGGUUGCUUCAAAGCCCUCAUCAAUAAAUCGAACACUCGGAUGUUUUCAAUCCCAAAUUUCUCUUUGAAUCAAACUUUAAUUUCCUUUAAAAAGGUCGCAUUGGUUUUUCACUUUGGCUGUUGUGUUUCCACAUGAUACCCGACUCAUUGGGCGUUAUGGAAGAACUUUCUUCUGUUCUCCUAAACCUCUCCUUCGCUUGUUCGUGUGAGUGUUCUUCGUCCGAUUCACCUUCUUAACUGCACCGACGUGUCGUAAAUGUCUUGGUUCAGCCUGAUGAAUGACACCUGAGCCCCCAAAAGGCUUUAUAAGACAACCUGUUCUGCUCUGUGUACUCUGUUUCACUCAGAAAUGUCACAUAAGAAUAAACAGAACGUCACCCCGA